AUGGGACCCUACAUCCUCUCAAACAUCUUCGUUCUCCUUGGUCCAACCCUUUUCGCCGCCACAAUCUAUAUGACCCUCGGCCGACUAAUCCACCGCGUUCAUGGCGAGCAUCUCUCCCCCAUCCGCGUCUCACGUCUGACCAAAACAUUCGUCUGGGGAGAUGUCUUAUCCUUCGCCGUCCAAGGCAAUUCCUCAUCGCUAUCCGUACUGGGAUAUCCAAAGUGGGGAAAUGUUCUCGUGAUAGCCGGAUUGGCAAUCCAAUUAGUCUCGUUCUCUUUUUUCUGGGUGACGGCCAUUGUCUUUGCUAGACGGCUUCGACAAUCGCCCACAUCUGAGUGUCUCAAGCCUGGUGUUCCAUGGAAGCAAUCGCUGCAUAUGCUUUACGCUGUCAGUGCGUUGAUCUUGACUCGGUCUGUCUUUCGUAUUAUUGAGUAUGUGAUGGGCAAUGAUGGGUAUCCUCUGAUGCAUGAGUGUACACUUUAUAUUUUUGAUAGUGUUCCUAUGGCGAGUGUUAUGGUGAUCUUUUUUGUUUGGUACCCUGAUCAAUUGAGCUUGGAUUUGAGUGUUGAUAGGGGUAUACCGCUUGCGCACAGUUAUACCACUGUUUGA